UUCCCAAUUUUUACGUCAAUUGAUAUUUGAUCAUUGAUCAUGCCAUGUGUGAAAUUUCUGAUGUUAAUAUAAAGGAGUAAGUUUUCCUUUUCCCUUAUUUUUCGUAAUUUAUUGUCGAAAUGUGGCGGCCGUUCAUGACGAGGGUAUUUUUGAGUCGUUUUAUGGGAAAAAGCUUCGACAUUGAAACGGCAUCAGCCGCAUCACGGUCACGAAUAAUGUGCACUGCUGAAAAGACUACAGAUGACGCAACGAAAGGAGACACUGAGACAGAAAGCUCUGAAGGAGAAUUAUCAGAAUUAGAUCAGAAAAUCAAACUUAUCCAAGAAAAGGAUGGUAUUAUAAGUGAUCUUGAGGAUAAAUACAAAAGAGCCUUGGCAGAAAGUGAAAAUGUAAAAAACAGAAUGAAAAAACAAAUUGAGGAUAUAAGACUGUUUGGCAUCCAAGGUUUUGCUAAAGACCUUCUAGAAGUUGCUGACAUACUUGGAAAGGCAACAGAAAGUGUCCCACAAGAUGAAAUACAAAGUAAUUCUCACUUGAAGAGCUUGUAUGAAGGUCUUAUCUUGACUGACCAGCAACUUCACAAAGUUUUUACAAAAAAUGGUCUUGAGAAACUAAGUCCUGUUGGAGAGAAAUUUGAUCCAAAUUUUCAUGAAGCACUUUUUGAACAAGAUGUUCCAGGAAAAGAAGGCACUGUAAUCCUUGUUAAUCAAAUUGGAUAUACAUUGAAUGCAAGGGUUUUAAGGCCAGCUAAAGUUGGAGUUGCAAAAGCAAAGAGUUGAUUUUCUAACUUGUAGUGAACAGUGAAUUUGAAUAAAUCAAAUCUUUUAUUUCAGGCA